AUGGACAUGAAACCGUUCAUGAAUAUUGUUAUCGCAAUGGAUGAAAAAAAUGCCAUCGGAUAUGAAAACAACACUCCAUGGGGAUCUUUACCUACUGAUCACAAUUGGUACUUAACACACUCAACAACUUUAAAAGAUCCAUUAAAACGUGUUGCGGUUAUUACUGGACGUGUCACAUUUGAACCGAUAAUUAAAUUGGGUGAAGAAUAUCUUUCAAAAUGGCAUUUUAUUGUUAUUAGCAAACAAACACAGGAAGAACUGCAUAGAAAAUUUGAAGAUUUGGAUAGAAAUAACGUUGAUAUCGUGAAUUCUUUCGAGCAAGCUACCCAUAGAGCGAAAUUCUUACUUGACACUCCGAGUGCUAUGAUUGAAUCAGUCUUUCUGUUUGGUGGUGUCAAUCCCUAUGAGCAAGCACUAGAAUUAAAGCUUGUGAAACGAGUUUAUUUAACAAGAAUUUUCGCAGAAGUCCCUAAUUGUGAUGCUCGAGUAUCGAAAUUUGAUUUAAGCGAUUUUCAACGCGUAAAACGACCACCCGGCGAGGUUCUUGCUGAACUCGAUGAUCAAAUCAUUGAAGAAAACGGAUGGAAAUAUCAAUUUCAAGUAUACGAUCGACAAGACUCCUGA